AUGACAGUGGAGAGGACUCUUCUCGCCAGUGUUCCCAAGAAUCUCAGUAUCGAUGCCAUGUACGAAUUCCUGCGAACAAACUACAAACCCAAGCCAGGCCCACAAUUUUCCCGACUACUCCAAACACUCUCUCGUCUCCGACUGAGCACUUGCUUAUCAAUUCACGAAUAUGGCAACAAAUUCAUUACCGUGCAAAGCGAGAUGGAAGCGGUCCGUCCCAGUGCCAUUUCUCAAAGUGUGGUGAACACGUUAUUCCUUGAAGGUCUUGGUCGAGAUUGGGAAAGUUUCAAAGAUCGCAUGACAGAUGAGGAGUACGCGACUACCGAAGGUCGAAACCUAGGACUCACGGACCUGAUUGUGAUGGCUGAGGUGCAUGAGGUUGUUCUUGCGGAGACGACGAAUAUCGCGACUCAACCAAUUAAGAACCGCCGUGGUCGGCCAUUUUGUGGCUACUGCAAUAUGCUUGGGCAUCACCAAGAAGGUUGUUGGCGUAUGGAAGGCAGAUCUGAAGAGGAAAUUACCAUCAUUCGACGCACUUUGCAUAAGUCUCGGAGUAAGCGGGCUCGGGCGGCUGGAGGAUCUCUUGACAACCGGAUCACAACAUCUUCGAAGACUCGACGCACUGCAAAUCGGAUUACCAAACGUUGA